UCCAUCGUUCGGCUCUGAUCGCGCGUAACAAGCUUCCUGUGAAAUCAUCGUGCGGCAUAUGUCACUGAGAUCGAGAAUCGCGGCGCGUUUCGCGAGUGGAGACGCUUGACGCCGCGGAAAUCCGCAUCGAACGCCGCGAGCAAAGAUCCUGAUCGGCUGGAGGAUUUCCGAUCUGCUGCACUUCGUGCUGCGCUGGGCAGCUAGGAUGUCGUUCUUCAGGGGUUUGUGGAAAAGCAGCUCCAAACACAAGAAACUAUGCGAGGAAUGGGCUCUGGCGAAUAGUCGCGAAUGCGUGGAGGGUAGCGGUUCCGCAGGUACGACGCAGGAGGAAUCCGAGGAUGCGUCGGAAGCCCGUUUCACCCUCAAAUAUUUGGGCAGUACCCUCGUCGAGACGCCCUCGAGCGAAGAGGCGACGGCGGAAGCCAUCAAGACCGUCAUUACGAUGGCAAAGGCGAGCGGCAAAAAGUUGCAACGAGUCUCUCUGGCUGUGAGUUUAAAGGGUAUUCGAAUGACAGACCUUGCUACGGAAGAAGAUCAGCUUCAGGUAUCCAUAUACAGAAUUUCGUACUGCUCGGCGGAUGCGACCCACGACCACGUGUUCGCGUUCAUCGCGACAAACUUGAACGAAACGAUGGAGUGCCACGCGUUCCUCUGCCCUAAGAGAAAAAUGGCGCAGACGGUGACGCUGACGGUGGCCCAAGCCUUUAACACUGCUUACGAGGCAUGGCUGUCCCAGGCCGAUCCCAGGAUCUAUCACGCUCAAGAUAAGAGUCCCUCGUUAACCGACGACAGAAGCGAGAACAGCGAGAAAAAGAAGGACGACACCGUGAAGUCUGUGGGCAAAGCGAACGAGCAGAACAAACACAGCGAUCAGCGAUGCAACGUCAACGACGCUCAGAAGAAUCUUCUAAUCGAUCUGUCCAACGAUACCAAGCCGGCGGGUAACUCGUGGGUUUGCUUCGAGGAGGAGUCGGGCCAAGACGGCAAGAAGAUACAAAAGAAGAGCAGCUCUACCAGUAUUCCCAUGACGACUUUGAGGCACACGACGACGUCUACGUCGCACCACGUUGUGCCGAGGCCAACGACGGGAUUCAAAAUGCAAAACGCCUGGGGCGAGUCCAGAUCGGUGGAUCUGAUGUGCUCGUAGCAGGCGUAGCCCUCGGCCGACAGCUUCCGCGACGUGCCAUUGAUCACUGGCCUCUGGAAGCACUUGUCGAACAACGGCCACCCAAAAAAGAUCCACCAAUAGGCUAAUUGUUAUCGCCGAAUUCUUUCGAAUCGUUCAGAGAACUUCUUGAUCCGGAGAUGGAUCGAAUCGUUGGAGGAUAUAUUCUAUUCGAAACACGCCGAUUAGAGCGAACGAGCUAGUCGAUCGUUUCCAAUCCAGAGAACACUCCACCAGACAGACUCUGAUCACGACACUUAAUUCUUCUUCUUUUGUGAUGAGACUUCACCGAAUUACGCUUACCGAUAUUUUCGAAUAUCACGGAGUCAACGAUAGAAUCGUGGUGUGGUACGUAACGUACGCCUCGUGAUCUUUUCGACGCUUUUACUGUGUCCUCGAGGAACGAUCGAGAUCGAGCGGUGCUCGAGAGGACCAACGAGUUCGGUGGAAAGAGAGAGCCAGAGGUUCGCGGCUAAGGAAGUGGGAACAAUUUUCACAAUGUAUACCUUUUGUAUAACGCGUCUAUCCGUGCCAAUACUUUCGCAACUCGCGCUAAAAACACACACGCACGUAAACAUAUCGUACACAACUUCGUAUUGCUAUACCAUGUGCAAUUCGAACUUUUACUACUUUUAACGAUAUACAAAGGUUUCUUUUCAAACGAUUUCGCGUACGCCAAACGGAUGAUCAACGCGAAAGAAACGGUCGAAUCGUCCGCGUAAAAAUAAACAAACUCCUCGUAAAUUUUAAGCGGACCCUCCUCACUGCGAAAUAGCUGGGCUAUUUUUUUAGUUGGGCGUUUUUAACAUUCGUCUCCGCGCGGAAACAAUAUUCUAAGCAUAGAUUUACGAUUAGACGUUAAACGUAGAACGUACCGAUAGUACAGUUGAUGUUAAUAUCGCUUCUUACAUUGUAAUUUUUAAUGGAAAAAAUCAUGAUAACGACGGCUGCUCCUUCUUUUCUUAGGACGAUGAAAGUGGGUAUCGAUUUUAUCCUUUUCGAAGUACGCUGUAGCAGGUAAGGUCCAAGUCGUGGUCUUCAUAGAAUCGAUGAAAUAGUUUGAUUCGAUAUUAGGAAAAUGUGUUGAUGUACAUGUCGUGAUGGCGUAUAUCCAUUUAGCUAUAGUGUUUGUUCGUCAUUGAGACUCUAACAUUAUUUAAUCCGCGAAGAAGCGAGUUUCUGUUACUUGGGUCAAAUAUUAUUGUUCGAUCGUUACGGUUUAUAUUUGGUGCUCGAACGAUCCCUUUUGUUUAAUGAUGUUAAUUGGUAAACGACAAUAUCGUUUUUAAUUCCCACGUUAAAUCGUUUAAUCGUUGUUAUCGUAUUAUUAUCGUCGCACGUAGAGUUCUUUGAACAAGUUGUUUCUUGGAUGUUCGUGUGCUUUUGGAUUCUCGAUACACGGCGAGACGAAGCACGGGAACGUUAAAAUUGAAAAUUCGUCGGAUUGUCUCGCUCUCUGCUUUAACGUAGUCGGCUACUUUAGCGGAAACGUUGAUAGAUCGUUAGACUAAUGGGAUACUAUGAAAUUAUUAAUGUUCGCGAACGGACGUUAACAACGUCGAUCGAUCGACAGGCAAUUUUUGCAUUUACACUUAAAUUUGUUCGAUUUUUUCGUCCGCCAAUCGGGUUCGUAAUCGAGAACCCGAACAUACAGUGUUUAUCGUUUAAGAACGAAUAUCGGAAUAUUUUGAUCGACUUCGUUGACGAGAAUCAACGAUAAUUUUAUACGGUCAUGAUUCGAUAGGCGGGAUCCGUUAUUGGAAAACAGAUUUGCAAUUUCGCCUACUAUGCUAAG